UCUCUAGUCUACUGUCGACCCACUUAGAGCGCAGUCUACGCCCCCGCCCGUCACCCAUCAUGCGUGAAUCCAACUUUGCGUUUCCAGCGCAGAACAGAGCUUGUGUCUGUAUUUCCUCCCAGCUGUAUGACAGACGAGCGCUCGACACAAACUCCUCGCUACCACUGUUCAACUCGCUUACCCAUCUUGUCUAUCUCACCUCAACAUCUCCCCGUAUCCGCGAGAUCAUGACCAUGGACGGCGGCCUUGAGCGUCUCGUUCGCAUCCUUCACGACUUCUGUAUCUCCCCGCCACCUCCAGAAAACCCCGCUAUCUUCUACGGACUUGCAUCCCCCGGUUCCCACCCAUCUAAACCAGCCCCGACUCUCCUUCCUAAAACCUACGACAAGCACGCCGCCUACCGGUUUUCAUUGGCUUUUCAGUGUAUUGUGAACAUCGGCGUCCGUGGCAGCGAGCCCAUCCGCAGUCGCGUGGUCCAGGCCGGGACGCUUGAAGUUGUCGGAUGCAUCUUGGAAGCGUGGCUGGCGAGCAAGGGUUUUCCGGUUGGGCCGUCUGUCGCAGCAAAUGGAAUGCCUCGAGAGACGCGCGAGCAGCGAAUGGCGCGACGGCAGGCGCAGAUGGAGUUGCGGCAGCGGGAGCAAGCGGCGGCGUUAGCUCGGGCUUUGGAACGCCAGAUCGCAGCCGACCAGCCAACGAUCACACCGGCGGACAUCUCUAUCCUCAGCAGCGCUGAUACGUCAAGAGAGGAACCCAUGCAGACGGAUCAGGCAACCCCCAGCGCUUCGCGUGCACAGGACACAGAUACAUCCGCAGAAACAUCGACUAACGCGACGCCCAAUGGCUCGAAUACGCCCACGGGUUCGGUUGUAGUACCCGGCCGAGAUCGUAGCGGAACCAUCAUCGCGCGACCGGUAUGGGAUCAACCAACCAAUACUAUACGACGAGCACAUCGAUCGCGACUGAAUGUGCCUGCUGCUUCAGCCGGUCCGUCGACAUCGACAUCAGCCGCUAACUCGAGACCUGAGACGGAGACGGAAGACGACGGAGAUGUAGACAUGGACGCGAGUCGGGAUGGCGAUGCGCCCUCGCCCUCUCCAGAGCGACAGCACACCGAAACAGGUACCAUCCGCGCAACUCACUCGCGUCGUGCUGUUGGUAUUGUAUCUGACGCUGGCGCACCUACUGGGCCUGGAACCACUGGAAUUGACUUACCAUCAGACGCACACAUCAUCAUCAACGACGAGGGGGUGGUACCUGGUGUAGGGGUCGAAGAUGGGAUCGUAUCGCUCGAGACCAACGACGACUUCGCCAUGGGUGCUCCCCCUGGAGCUCCUGGUGCGCUGGACGGACCUCCUGCUCGCAACGUCGCUGACGGACACACAGGCGCAGGCGAGCGGACACCUCGGGCAGGCCCCACCAAUCUUCCCAUGACAACUGCGCGGCAGGUCACUGGAGGGUUUCUCACCCCCGCCGCUGCUGAGGACGGGCGCGGGCGGGCGACGGAUACGCCUGUUAGGCAGAAUACCAUCCGGCCGACAAACGCGCCCAAUAAUGCCAAUGGCGGGAAUGGCCACCACCACCAUCAUCACCAUCGCGAAGUCGAGUCGGGGCCCUACCGCGAUGAAGACGUGCUGCUUAGCCUGCAGCUCCUUGCCUACCUCAGCAAGUAUCCCCACUGUCGUCAGGCGUUCUACAAGCCGCGCGCUAGCUUUCACCCUGCAACUGCAAACUUAUCCAACGAUGGCCGCUUUGGAUCGGCUUCCGGCCCAAGCGGCCCGUCAGCCUCGUCGAGCCGAGCCGCAGCUACGACCUCUUCCUCAACUGCGACUCCUUCGAAGGACAUCAAUCCUUUUAUCAAGGCGUUCAAUUCAGCGACAGGGAGAGGGAAGGAGAAAGAGCGAGCGCAGGCUGCCGCGACUUCUUCUGGGGGUUCUGGGAGUGGCUCGACCGCGGCGGCGGGUCCGUCAGGGUCGGGAUCAAGUUCGGCGGCGGGUACUUCCAGUAACAACGCCCCGGCACAACGUAUGACGAACGUAUUCGCACUUGUCGAGCGAUUCACCUACCGACACAGCUCGUCUGAGCUAGAGUCCUCGAACCCUCCGCCGAGUCUGCCACCAGAGAUCCAGUACUGGGCCGGAGUCAUCAUGCGGAACGCGUGUAGGAAGGAUGAUAGUCGUGGUGGUAUCCGGCAGUGCGCGAACAUGCUCUGCGGACGAUGGGAGCGCUUCCCGCGUGAGUUCGCCAAGUGUCGGCGGUGUCGGAAGGCGAAAUAUUGCGGGAAAGAGUGUCAGAGUACGGCAUGGAGUGAGGGCCAUCGCUUUUGGUGUAGCGCGAAGGACCCGGAGGAGGAUGGCGACCAUCAUCAUCACGGGCACGGUCAUGGUCACGGUGGAGAGCAUUCACGGGCUGGGGCGGGUGGCGGUACAGGGGCUGGAGGCACAGGGAAUGGGUCUGGAUCCACGGCGACAGUUGCUGCUGGGGCACCAGCGACUACGGCCCAGGGCCGAGUUGAAAGGAGAGAGGCCAGGGAGAGGGAAAGGCAGGCGCGUGCGAUGGCAGCCGAACUGCGGUUGGCGCAAGAGCAGCGAGGGCAGACCGCGCAAAUGGUUCGCGUCGCCGCGAAUCUUAUCCCUACGACUAUCGCAGCGACACAGACGGAGACUCCGAUACAGAUAGCCGACCCUGGACCCUCAACAAACGUGACCGCGGGGGCCGGUGUAGGUCGAUCUCCAAUACCGGCUCUCGCUGCUGCCCUAGUCGACGGAUCAUGGACUUACCGACCAGGUAAUUCUCAGCCUUCCCAGUGGCUGAACGAUGGCGUUGGCCAAGGUGCAGAUCGAACUCAGACGGUGGCGAGCCUCCUCCGCCAAGAGCCUGACGUAACACGUCGACAGCUCGCGCGCGAAUUGAUGAACUCUCGAGCGGUGGACGCGACGCUUCGAGGACAUCCUUCAGACACUCACGCCGAAAUGCCCGACGCCUCGGUGACGGCUGCAGGAGAGACAUUGAGGGAGGCAAGCGAAGAUGUGGACAUGUUGAUUGACUGAGGAUAGUUCGUGUGCGUGCUUCUGUCCUCGUUGUGGAAUCAUCAUACCCUUCAACUACACCAUUGUCUUUUGUGCCUGGGAGAGGGGUUUCCCCGGAGGCGUCUCAUGCUUUGGCUAACUACCGUCUCGGACGGACUACGUCCGUGUCGUCCCUCGAUGCGGUUCUGCGUGUGACGCUUGAUAGUCUAUCCCACCCCAAACCAUUCGUGUCCACAGUUCUCGCAAUCCUCGUUCAUCGUCGCUGAUCGAUAUAUUGUACAUCCACACAAUACCCGAACACACCCUCCUUGCGUUCUUCGUGUCCCCGUAAUUGCGCACAUACUCUGGUCUCGGACUGCAUGUCUCUCGUUCCUCGCCAGCAUUCGUCGCUAUCCGUGCUCAUCAAUGUAGUAUACGCUAGCACACACAACCUAUACCACUUCUUCAGUGAUCACGGC